GUGGUGCAGCGUGAGGCCUGCCUUUCCCUUCCAGCCGCUGCACACGACGAGGCACAGGCAACAUGGAAGUGCUGGCCUUGACUUUCUGAUCUUCCUACCCCUUCGGACAGAUUCUCAGUGGGUUGCCACCACACCUAGCAGGAAAGAUGCGAAUGCGGCGCUGCUCAGUAACUAUGAGGUGUACCAGUUACUGAUGGAUCUCAAAGAGCAGCGGAAGGAGAGUGGGAAGAACAAACACAGUGCCGGGCAGCAGAACUUGAACGCCAUCACCUACGAGACAUUAAAAUACAUAUCAAAAACACCAUGCCGGAACCAGAGUCCUGAGAUUGUCCGAGAAUUUCUCACAGCAAUGAAAAGCCACAAGCUGACCAAAGCAGAGAAGCUUCAGCUGCUGAAUCACAGGCCAAUGACCGCUGUUGAGAUCCAGCUGAUGGUAGAAGAGAGUGAAGAGCGGCUCACAGAGGAGCAGAUUGAAGCCCUCCUGCAUACUGUCACUAGCAUUCUGCCUGCAGGGCCAGAGGAUGAGCAGAAUAAAAGUACUAGCAAUGAUGUGGCGAUGGAAGAGGAGGACCCAGCAUAGAUGUCCACAGCUGGCCAGGUUGUCUAUGAGGUUCAAAGCCCCAGCAGCCAUUUCCUGGAUGUUCAGAGGAUUGUUUAUUUGGCUUUACCCCCUCUCUCAAUAUGCCUGAUCUCUGGAAAAUCACAAAAAUAAGAUGAAAAGAAACCUUUGUGAGUGGGGAAUGUGGCUAUGCAGCCCUCUGGGGUAGAAAGACUUCUGUGGCUGCUGCCACACGUGGACACAGUGGAAAGCUAUUCAGGCACCGCAAUGGCUGUUGUAAGCAGUGGCAGGUGCUGCUGGGUAGAGUGGAGCUGUCGGAGCAACUCAGAUGGUUGAGAGCUCCCAGAGCUGUACACAGCUUCUCCAGGGGAAAUGACCCCAGGCUUACUUAGCUCACUGUAGAGGAAUGUCCUCAGCAGAACAGGAGGUGAGAAAAGGAGGUAAGAGCAAACUUGUUUGAGCCCAGCCUGAUUUGCAUGUGAACACACCUACCAUGGAUGAACACCACACACAUACAAUGAAAUUAGUCCAUUUUCUGUGACUAAAACACAGAGGCUUAUUUUGGCUCGUGGUUCUGGUCCAAGGUCAAGGGGCAUCUGGCUGUGGCCCUCUUGUUGCCAGAGUGCCUAGGUAGCAUGGGAUAUCACAUGAUGAAAGAUGAGAAGCAUUUAUUUAUUUUCUUUGAGUCUCUUGUAGCCCUUAUUAACCUUGAACUCAUUAUGUAGCCCACUCUACCAUCAGACUUUUGAUGAUUCUUCUGCCUUGGCCUCCUUCGUGCUAGGAUUAAAUGUAUGUGCCGCUCACUUGGGUGGAAGAGGCCAUCCUGGUCCACAUAGGAAAUUCCAGGACAGCCAGAGCUACACAGUGAGACCCUGUCUCAUAAGAACAAAAAUUAAAAAAAAGUGCCUAUCAUCAUA